AUGGGCUGCUGUGGCUGCUCCGGAGGCUGUGGCUCCAGCUGUGGGGGCUGUGGCUCCGGCUGUGGGGGUUGUGGCUCCGGCUGUGGGGGCUGUGGCUCCGGCUGUGGGGGCUGUGGCUCUGGCUGUGGGGGCUGUGGCUCCAGCUGCUGUGUGCCCGUCUGCUGCUGCAAGCCCGUGUGCUGCUGUGUGCCAGCCUGUUCCUGCUCCAGCUGUGGCUCCUGUGGCUGUGGUUCCUGUGGGGUCUCCAAGGGGGGCUGUGGUUCUUGUGGCUGCUCCCAGUGCAAUUGCUGUAAGCCCUGCUGCUACUCCUCAGGCUGUGGAUCCUGCUGCCAGUCCAGCUGCUGCAAUCCCUGCUGCUACUCCUCAGGCUGUGGAUCCUGCUGCCAGUCCAGCUGCUGCAAUCCCUGCUGCUGCCAGUCCAGCUGCUGUGUCCCCGUGUGCUGCCAGUCUAGCUGCUGCAAGCCCUGCUGCUGUCAGUCCAGCUGCUGUGUCCCCGUGUGCUGCCAGUGUAAGAUCUGAGGCUCUGAACCCAGACCUUCAGGUUUCGCCUGUUUGGUGAAAGCAUUUGUUAUGAUUUCCCUGAAUUAAUUCAUCCCACGCAUCCUCCCUGAGGCACCUGCCCCUUCUCCAGCUCAUCACCCAUGCGCGCACCUCCUUCCAUGGCUCAGCUCUCCACUGGGCCCUGCCUUCAGCCUCCUCACUCUGGAAAUGCAUGUUUCCUUGAUGCAGGAGGUGG